UAAAUCUUAUGAGGGAUGACUCCUUUGUCUUACCUCAUGUCUUUGUGUUCACAGUGUCCCCAUGAACUUCCUUGUCCCCAGUUGACAGUCUCUAAGCUCCUGGCCUGUAGCUUCUCCCAGGCUUAUCAUCCCAUCCCCUUCAGCUGGAAUAAGAAACCAAAGAAGGAAAAGUUCUCUAUGGUGAUCCUUGCUCGUGGUUCUCCAGAGGACGCUAAUCGCUGGCCCCACAUCACUCAACCUAUCCUUAAACGGCCUAGACAUGUGCAUUGUCACCUGUGCUGUCCAGACGGGAACAUGCAGCAUGCUGUGAUCACAGCCCGCCGGCAUGGCAGGGAUUUGUAUCGCUGUGCCCGUUCCAGCUCCUGGGGAGAUCUUUUACCCGUGAUCACUCCGUCCGAGGUUCCUCCGUCCCCUGCUCAAGAUCCCCCUGAGAGCUGACAAGGAUGUGUAAUAAGUAUUUCCUCUAUCAAGCCUGCCAAGGCUGAAGCUACCUGGUAUCCAGGAUGGGAAUGGUGGUACCCCCAGAUGUCUGUGUUUUUUUGAGAUUUUAAUAAUAUUAAAACAUUGUUUAAAGAAUGGAAA